AGUGAGUUAAAUCUAUUUUCCACAGGGCAUGGAGCAACAAAGAGUGACUGUACAAAUGAUGCGUACGAUAUAGCCUGGGAUAUUAUAACAACCAGUUCCCCCGAGGAUAUCAUGCAAAACUGCAGGAGAAUUGAAGCCAGGGAGACUACAGGUCCUACAGUACUUGAUGUGAUUGUUAAAGGAGAGAAGGGUUCUAACAGUGAAUCUAACAUUGCUCAGCUACGUCGUCACGGUUAUGAUCCGAACGACACAUCUCGGGCAAUCGGAGAUCUCGUUAUUGUAGAAGCUGGUAGCUGGUUUGAGGACAGACGGCAGUUUGCAUUUGCUAUCCUCCAGAAUUCAGCAUUACAUAAUGGCAUGUUAUUACAAUGGAGUUUUACAGGCAUAAAGGCACAUGGUCAAAAGAACUACAAGAAUGAACUUAGACCACUUGGAAAGUAUAGAUGUCAGAUAUUUCUGAAAGGACAACAAGUCAGUGAGCAUACAGGCUAUGGUAAAAACAAGACACGUAACUUUGCAGCUGUGGACAUUCUCUUUCAUCUGUAUGAAAAAAAUGAUGUGGUCAGGAUUGUAAAGCUGAAUGAUGAGGAAAGGUGGAUUCCGUUCUCUAUCAUAGAGCAAGAAGCUAUGAUUUUGAGAAGGGCUGCCAAGGAUCCUAUGCCCACUCCUCCUAAAGAUAUACUUGACAGACGACCAGCGGAUAAACACAUUGUCAAUGCUGUAAGAAACAGAAUUGACAAGUUUUUCCCGCGUAAUAAUGCCGACGAACUUCUUAUUGGGCCGGGAAUGCAGCAGGCUGAACUGGGUGAAAUACGAGCUUACGUGCAGUCACUUGGCCUGAGGUUUGACCAGAGACAACGUGACGGCAACACAUAUUAUAUCAUUUAUAGCAAACAAGAUAUGAGGGAUAUAGUAGCUGCAUUGAAAAAACUGGGCGGUAAUACGUUGUACGGGAAAUACAAACUGAUUCCGAGGUCUGAAUGUCCAAAACACAGUGAUGUUCUGAGGUCAACAACUACGCCAUCUUACAUCAUUACAUAACUCAAUGUGAAAUCAAUCAAAUGCAACUGGUAGUGAGUCAGGCGAGCUUGGUUGCUUAGUGAUUGAGCUUUUUUAUCUACAAACCUUUUGAAAUAAUGAACGGACUGUAAUUCUGAGACGAAAGUAUGUACCAUACUUUAAUGAAGUGUAAAAAGUUUUAUUUACACAGUAACCUUUGAUUAUUAUCCUUAUCAUUUCCAUUUUUGCAAUGUCAUUUAUCAUUCAACUACUAAAAUGUCAAAACUUACUAUGUUCAGUAUGAUCAGUCAUUUUAAAUGAAUUGAGAAAUAUAAGUAAGCUGUUAUGUUUCUUGAAUUUUAUUAAUGCUUGUCAUUUUCCAUGCUCAUUUUCCAUGAUUUGUGUGAAUGCCUAUGUUCUCAAGAAAUUUUGUGAAUGCCUGAAUUGUACAAAUGUCUUUGUCCACUUGUGAAAGCCUAUGUCCUUUCGAACAUUGUGUAAAAUGCCAUCAAAUGUCAAGAAUUGUGUAAAUGCAUAAUUAUGUUCUGUGUAUGAAACAUUUUGCAUAAUGUAUAUUUUUUUGGUAUGGUGAUAAUAAAUAGUAAAAAGAGUC